AUGGCGUCGCCCGAAGGCGACGAGUAUGAGUGCCUCAACACCAUAGGCCGGGGCUCGUUCGGUGUGAUCAAGAAGGUCCGCCGCAAGGUCGACGGCGCUAUCCUGUGCCGCAAGGAGAUCAACUAUGGGCGCAUGUCGCAACGAGAGCGAGCACAGCUCCACGCCGAAUUUCAGAUCCUUUCCAGCCUCAAGCACCCACACAUCAUCGAAUACUACUCAAGAUGCCAUUUGAAGCAAGAACAAGAGCUUCAUUUGUACAUGGAAUAUGCUGGAGGAGGAGAUCUUGGCACGGCCAUCUCAACACUCAAGGCAAAGAACCAAUACGCUGAGGAGAGCUUUGUGUGGUCCAUCUUCAGUCAGCUGGUAACAGCGCUCUACCGAUGUCAUUACGGUGUCAACCCGCCCGAGAUUGGAAACUUUCUCGGCCUGGGGAAUACAGCCAAGCCCGUGGUGCCCCCUGGAACCAUGACCAUCCUGCACCGCGAUCUGAAGCCCGAGAAUGUGUUCCUCGGAGAGGACAACCUCGUCAAGCUCGGCGACUUUGGCCUGGCCAAGAUGAUCCAGUCACACGAUUUCGCUUCCACCUACGUGGGAACGCCCUUCUACAUGUCGCCAGAGAUUUGUGCGGCGGAGAAGUACACGCUGAAGUCUGACAUUUGGUCGCUUGGCUGCAUCAUCUACGAACUCUGUGCGCGGGAGCCGCCCUUCAACGCCAAGACGCACUUUCAGCUGGUGCAGAAGAUCAAGGAGGGGAAGAUCGCACCCCUUCCUCCUGCGUACUCGCCAGAACUGACGGCAGUCAUCAAGGACUGCCUGCGCGUCAAUCCGGACCGACGACCAGACACGGCAGCGCUGUUGAACCUGCCAGUGGUGCGGCUGAUGCGCAAGGAGAAGGAGGUGGUUGACAUGAACAGGUUGCUCAAGCAGAAGGAGGACGCGCUCAACGCCCGGAUACGGGAAUAUGAGCACAAGGUGGAGGGCGUGCGCAAGGAGAUCGAUGCGACGCUCCAUCGCGAGUGGGAGGUCAAGGCGCGGCUGGAGAUCGACCGUGUGGUUAAGGACGAGCUUGAGAAGCUGCAGAAGACGUUCGAGCGCGAGGUCCAGGCUCGCGUCGAGGCCGAACUUCAGGCGCGCGCUAGGAAGGCGGCCGUGUCAUUUGCCGCCUCGGCCGAGACGGACCUCUCAUCGUCACAUUCCAAGUCCAGCGACUACCCCAGGUCUUCGAUGGGCGGCACCAGUACCGAUGGCGACGUCUCGUCGGCCACGGACGCCUCAGAGGUCUCGGCCCACUCGCCCGAUUCCUCCUUCGGCAACGAGGUGCUGGUCAAGAAGAACGCGCGGACGCCGUUUGCGCGGGCGCAGACCAUGUUUGCCGGCGCCGGCGCCGGCGCCGUCGGCACCCCCAUGGACGUCGAGAUGGCGUCUCCCUCACCCAUGGCCAUCGCCUCGCUCUCGCUCUCUCCCCGCCGGGCAGCAGCCACCAAGGCGCCCCCGGCCAACCCGGGCAACAUCUUUGCCAUCCCCAGCGCCAUCGCCGACGACCCCCGCUGGGCACCCCGCGACUGCUCGUCUGGCAGCUCUGGGCUGGACUCGGACUUUGACGACGACGAGAACAUGGCGCCCUCGCCGACGCGCAUGAUCAAGUCGCGCAAGAACCCCUUCAAGCGCGACGUUAUGGUGUCCAAAGCGGGCGCUGGCGGAGGCCCAGGCGGCCGCCCGGGUCUGAUGCACCAGAAGUCUGCGCCCAUCAAUAGGCUGAAGCAGCAGCCGUCGCUGCCCCCCGCGGCGAGGACGGCGACGGGCGCAUCGGCAGACGGUGGCGCGCUGCGGGAACGAUCCAACUCGCCCAACCGGCGGCUGAGCAAGAUCCCCUCGGCGGCCAACCUUAUCGGCGCCGCAGCGGGUGAUGGUCAUGUCCUGUCCCGUAAGCCGUCCUUCACCAAGAAGGACAUGGGCGGUGCCGGACUGCCCGUGCUCGUGCCCAAGAAGAACAACAUCCAGGGCAGGACCCUCGUCGAGCUGCAGCAGGCGCGGGCCGGCGGCCGGCCGCUCAGCGCCGUCAUGAGUCUCGAGAACGGCAACGGCGGCAACGUCAGCCCCACCCGGAGGGGACUGAAGGACCACCUCAUCAUCAACACGACCGGCGCGGCGGGCCCGCCCAGCAGCCGCCCGGGAUCGGCCCUUGAGCCGGCGGCGGUCUGGGAUCCCGAGAGGGAUGACAUGCCCAGCCCCUUCCUGGUCCGACGAAAGCCCAUCGCCAGGGCAUGAUGUGUGUGUUGUUCUUGACCGACGACGACUAUGACGAAUACGACGACGACAUAAUGUUUUUUUUUUUCCUUGCCCUUCCUCCUUUUUUUUCCCUUUGGGAUUGAACAGAGAGGAGAGAGUCUUUCCAACGUGGCCUGUGAGACGAAAGCCAACGACAAAGUCACGGGGCUUUUUUUGCACAUAACACCGUGCCCUGGUAAUCCCUCGUUCACUGCUCUCCAUCUUGCGCCAUCUUCUCGCCUCAUCCUCGUAUGGCGGACAGUCACUACUUUCACCGGUUUUUGAGCACAAUCCUCGAUAUACCACUUGUCAUCUCCUCGCUGCAUGCAAACCGCGCCUACAUUCUUGUUUUAUUGCACUCUUCUCCACUGGUGUCUCUUUUUUGGUCGGCUUGUCUCUUGCGCUCUAACGGUCUAGACGUUAGCUUGGAUUUCUUGGUUUCCUCUAUUCUCUCUGAAUACAACGGCGUGUGCUGAUUUGGCCCGGGAGGAGCUAUGUCGGCUAAGAUUUACAGGGGUCUCCCUCCCGUCUCGACAGAGCGAGGGAGUGAUCCGAUUCCUUUGCCUGCCUGGCGACAGGCCGCACCGGCUCAGGCCACUUCCCUGCUCGCACGAGGCUCACUCGCCAUCCUCCGCCAGAGAUGGAAUGGCACGAAGUGCGACAUGGCGCCAAAUCCAGACAUGGGGUUGCUGGACCAGGGUCGGUUGGGACGCGCGCCUAGUGAGGCGGAAGGAUCGAGGUAAAAACAAAACAAGGGGAGGAUGCGAUGUAAAUACUCGUCUCCUUUUUUGCUCUAUCUUUUUACAGGGUUGGAUGAAGUCACAUACUCACUGUUGGAGUUUACGUGGGGGUCUGUAUAAGUGGCAACGGUCUUGGGAGCUUUUAAGCUGAAUCUCAUUUCACCUGUCUCAUUGCUUCAUUCUCCAAGAUGCACGGUGUUUAAUGUAGGCUCUUUACUGAUGGCAGUUACCUAACCUCCUGUUUUAC